CAGAGAGCCUCUUCUCCACUCUUCCAGUUCGUCUUAGUGCCCUGGAAUGGUGCCGUCGCCCUCCCACACAAUGAUUAUGCGUGUUACAUUAGACGCAGGGAGCAGUGUGACCAGGGAGAAAGGGGCUCAGAGGAGACCAGACCACAGCUCUGGGAUUAACAAAACAAACGUAAACUUCAUCUUGCAGCUGAGACGCCUUUAGAAACUGUCUCCGGGAGGAGAGGGGGGAAGUUUUGUGCUCUGGUUAUCUGCAAAUAGUCUGUCAUUUCUGAGGAGACGAGACACAUGCACGCCAGGGCUGAGGAGGCUCCAGGCAGCCAGGAGAGAGCAGCGGUUAACCCCGGCCCUCGCCCUGCGUCCUGGGGCCGCCGGGCUGAGAGCAGAGGGCACAUGAAGAAGAGCCGGAGUGUCCUGGCUGUGACGGCGGACGAGAAGCCCAAGGACCUGCUGGAGCCCGGGCUCUGCAGCCGCUCCUACACCGCUGGCAGUAUGCUGGGCGCGGACCUGCGGCGUGGCCGGCGCCGCCUCUCCUCCAGCCUGCAGGUGCCACCAUGGAGACCCCUGGACCGGGCACGAUCGCCGGAGCCUGACAGCGUCCAGAGGCCGACCACCCUGCCCCUGUGCAUCCCGCCCCGCAUCGCCAUCACCCACGCCGAGCCGGACAGCUUCGAGGUGGAGAAUGGCCCCUCCCCGGGCAGGAGCCCCCUGGACCCCCAGGCCAGCCCCGGCCUCGUCCUGCACCCCAGCUUCCCGGCCGGGCAGCGGCGCGAGUCCUUCCUGUACCGCUCGGACAGCGACUACGACCUGUCGCCCAAAACCAUGUCCCGCAACUCCUCCGUCGCCAGCGAGUCCCACACGGAGGACCUGAUCGUGACGCCCUUCGCCCAGGUGCUGGCCAGUCUGCGCAGCGUGAGGAACAACUUCUCCAUCCUGGCCAACGUCCCCACCCCGACGGCCAGCAAGAGGUCCCCGGUGGGCAGCCAGCCGACCUGCAAGGCGAUGCUGUCAGAGGAGACCUACCAGCAGCUGGCCAAGGAGACCCUGGAGGAGCUGGACUGGUGCCUGGACCAGCUGGAGACGAUCCAGACCUACCGCUCCGUCAGCGAGAUGGCGUCCAACAAGUUCAAGAGGAUGCUGACCCGUGAGCUCACCCACCUGUCUGAGAUGAGCCGCUCCGGAAACCAGGUCUCCGAGUACAUUUCCAACACGUUCCUCGACAAGCAGAACGAGGUGGAGAUCCCGCCCCCCACGCACAAGGAGCGGGAGAAGAAGAAGAAGCAGCAGCCCAUGUGCCAGAUCAGCGGCGUGAAGAAACUCGUGCCCAGCUCCAGCCUAACCAACUCCAGCAUCCCCCGCUUCGGGGUCAAAACCGACCAGGAGGAGCUGCUCAGCCAGGAGCUGGAGAAUCUCAACAAGUGGGGCCUGAAUAUUUUCCAUGUCUCCGAAUAUUCCAACAGCCGCUCGCUCAGCUGCGUCAUGUACACGAUAUUCCAGGAGAGGGACCUGCUGAAAACCUUCAAGAUCCCGGCGGAGACGCUGCUGACGUACGUGCUGACCCUGGAGGAGCAUUACCACGGCGACGUGGCCUAUCACAACAGCCUGCACGCCGCCGACGUGGUGCAGUCCACGCACGUCCUGCUGGCCACGCCCGCCCUGGACGCUGUGUUCACCGACCUGGAGAUCCUGGCCGCUCUGUUUGCAGCCGCCAUCCAUGACGUGGAUCACCCGGGCGUCUCCAACCAGUUCCUGAUCAACACCAACUCGGAGCUGGCCCUGAUGUACAACGACGAAUCGGUCCUGGAGAAUCACCACCUGGCCGUGGGCUUUAAGCUGCUGCAGGAGGAGAAUUGCGACAUCUUCCAGAGCCUCGGCAAGCGCCAGCGCCAGACGCUGCGCAAGAUGGUUAUCGACAUGGUCCUGGCCACCGACAUGUCCAAACACAUGAGCCUCUUGGCCGACCUCAAGACCAUGGUGGAGACCAAGAAAGUGACGAGCUCCGGGGUGCUGCUGCUGGACAACUACACGGACCGGAUCCAGGUGCUGCGGAACAUGGUUCACUGCGCCGACCUCAGCAACCCCACCAAGCCGCUGGGGCUGUACCGGCAGUGGACCGAGCGCAUCAUGGAGGAGUUCUUCCGGCAGGGCGACAAGGAGCGCGAGCGCGGCAUGGAGAUCAGCCCCAUGUGCGACAAGCACACGGCCUCCGUGGAGAAAUCCCAGGUGGGCUUCAUCGACUACAUCGUUCACCCGCUGUGGGAGACGUGGGCGGACCUGGUGCACCCCGACGCCCAGGAAAUCCUCGACACCCUGGAGGAUAACCGGGACUGGUACCACAGCAUGAUGCCGCAGAGCCCCUCCCCGCCCCCGGACGAGCAGGACAGGGACGAGGAGACCUGCCUGGAGAAGUUCCAGUUCGAACUGACGCUGGAGGAGGAGGGCGACGAGUCGGAUCAGUCGGACCCGGAGCGCUGCAGCCUGGGCCAGGAGGAGGAGGAGCCGCCCUGCCCGGCCCCGGAGGAGGGGGGUGGGCAGAAUGGACUGGCACACGACACAGCCCCUGGGGCACCGUGACUCUGGGCUUCGGCUCAGCCGCCCGGCGGGAAGCCAGACGCGCCCCCCCUGGCCAGGGACUCUCUUUGGGGGGGACCGACACACAACUCCCAUUAAUUUAAUGUUGGGUUUAGUU